CGGACGAUAUAAACGGAGAUCAUACGAUCGCGCGAGAGUAAAUAAACCAGUAGUAGUAGUAGUAGUAGUACAUAGAGGGCGGUAGGCCUGCGUUUAGAAGCUGAUCGCCUCACUUGCGACACGCCACAUAAAGCCGCAGAGACUUCAAAAGCUCCUCUGGACCACCAGUGCACAGCAGACGUAGUCGAGCGGGCGCUCCCUCCUCAUCUUCUGUUACUGCACACCGGACGAGAGACUCCGCGAGCUCAGCCGUGCGCCAAAGAGACGGUAGCGAGAGAGAGUACGAUAGGUUUUGACAGCGGGAGAAGGAAUCUUCUUGCCAAGCUGCUGGAGCUCACCCUACACUCUACCUUCUCGGCCUCCUCGAAGACUUAUUUCGUCCCUUCGUCUGGUUCUCCUUCCAAAGAGCGCCUUCACCUUCGCAGGAGAGCGCCCGGGCACAUCAGGUGAUCUCAUCUCAAGGGUAAAACAGUGAAAGAACAACUUUCAUCAUUCGAAAAACAAUCAACACACUCUCCUUAUCGGAACCACCUGUAAACACUUUCACAACAACAGCCAUCUCUCAUCCCACAUCAUUACAUCGCCAUUACAUCAUCCAAACAUGCUCUCCUCCUCGCCGUCCUCUGCAUCCUCUCUGCCGCCACACCGCAGCGGGUCGUUGUCCAGUUGCCCCGGUAACCACGCAGUGUUCACGCCCACCUCGUCGUCGCCAUCGGAGAAGCUCACCCUCACAGAGUUUGUGUCGCAAUAUCACAAGUCGCUACCCCUCCCGAUCCGCGUGUGUCGCGGUUACUGUGGUCCGAGCGAGGAGACCUCGAUCUCCGAGGGAGACCAUUUCAAUGUUCAUUUCGUCAAACACACGACUGUUGUUCUCGUGGAGAUGGACAACGGCUACCAGUACAACGUUCCGCUCAACUCUGCCGUCCCGUUUGGAAUACUGUACGAUCCUCAGAGAAACCUCUCCCAGGCCAGCAAGGGCUACACGUUCCAGAAGGUGUCCGACAUUCUCGCGCUCCCCGAGCUGCCCCACGUCCUCCGUGCAAGGAAGGCACACUCCAGCUCUAACCCCGAGAACUCCAUCUCUGCCAACGAGCUGCUCAUCGUUCGCUCGGCAGCGAAGAAAAGAAUCGGAAAGAAUCAGUUGAAGGUUUUCAGCCUCACUGACAAAAGGGAGAAGACCCUCUCCGAGAGCUGUAUCGGCCAUUUCUCCACCAAACCUCGCGACGUGUGCCUCUAUCUCCCAGACAUCGUGAAACACGCUCCAGACAUUUUCCCUGUUCGUGCCAUUCUCUUUGCGGGGAAGGAAGGUGCGCAGACCGUUCCGUCGAAACUGGCUUCUUCGGCCGUGACCCUGAUGCACCACUCCAUCGAGACGUCGCUGGUCGUCACCAGCGCCAUCGAGGAGGAAGGUACGGAGAAAAUGUUGGACAUACCGAUCGACCUGAACAUCCAGGUCCGCGUGGCUACAGUCACCGAGGUGGAGGCUCAGAAACUGGCUCGCAGUACCGCGUACCUCUACAACAACUUCAGCCCGGCCAAACUUCUGUCGUACGUCCGCUCGGCACGCACCCAGGGCAUGGAGGACACCCAGAACCUUCUCUACCGCACCAUUCGCCACGACAGACACCACCUGAGACGAGGGAUCAAAUAUCACUCGCCCACAGUCCAUGGCAAUCCCCGAUAG